AUGGACCUUCCUCCUAUUCCAAUUUAAAAAAAUUAAUCAUAAUUAGGAGUUGAUAAUUUAUUAUCAUAAUAACAUAUUUUCAAUCCAUUAAAUCAAAAUCAAGAAACAGCAAAACAACCUAAGUAUUUAAUAUAAUUAUAAAAGGCGAAACUUCAAUUUAAAAGUGGGGGACAUUGUGUAUUUUAAAUCUUAUUUGACAGAUGACUUUAAAGGAGUUAUAUCUGGGGAUGGAAUUGCUAGCAAUAAGUUGGAGUGUAUAUAAAUUUUGGGAAAAAAUCAACAAUUGACCGAUCCAUCUAAAAAAAGCUUACAGUAAAAGGUUGGCAGUUUGACAUUUUAAAAAAGCUUAUUUUAGGUAGUAACAGGCAAAAAAUAUCAAUAUUAAAACUUUCUAGUAUAAGAAAGAUCAAGAUCGAUAGAUGAUAUUAGAGAAGAGGCAAUAAAUGAAUCAAUUGAUUUAGAUUAAUGUUAAUUAGAUUAUGAAAGAAGAUUAAAAGAACUUGAAGAUAAGGCUAAUGAAGAAAUUGUUGAAAACAUACGUUUUUAUGAUCUUGCUUAUGGAUCUAAUAUAGUCUAUGGUUAAGAAAUAUAACUAAAACAUAUAUAUUCUUAAUGCAUUCUAUCAUUUAAUUGUGCUAUAUUAGCAAAAGAAAAUUGUUGUAGAGAAUUAUCUUUAGAAGAAAUUCCCAAUGUAAAUUCAAAUUUUCGAAUUUUAUCAAUGAAUCAAGUUAAAAAUCCUGGAGAACCUAUUUUAUAUGGAGAUUAAAUAAUAAUUCAAAAUUCAAGUUCAAAUAAAUGGUUUCUUAAUAUAUAGAAGCCAACAUAAAAAUAUGAUAAAAAGGAUGGAUUAGAAGUUAAUUGUUCAUAAGUUGGAUUUCCUAUUAAAAUUGCAAGUUAUAUUGAUUAUAAAACUGAAUAAGAUUUAAAGUAAUAAUCAUUAAAAUAAAAAUCUCUUUUGAGUGGAGAUGUAAUAAAAAUAAAAAAUAGAUAUUUGGGUGGUUAUCUCUCAAUUAAAAGAUAACUUAGAAUUACUGAAGGACUUGAUAAAAAAGAAGUGUUUAUUAAAAAUUAUGAUACUAAUAUCACAUUUACAAAACAUUAAUUUUAUUUUAAUGUAUAAUAAGUAAGAAAUGAAAAAAUUGAAUAUAUGUAUUAAUUAUGUGUUGAUUCAUCAGCAGAUGCAGAAGAGAAUUUAAAUAAUUUAUGGUAAAUUUAACAUGUUGAUAGUUUAACUUUUUCAAAAGCUAAUUAUGAUAGUGUUUUUUUAAUAAGACAUGUAUGUACAGGAUUAUUCUUGGAAAUUUCACAUCAUACUGCAAGUUUAACUUAUGAUGGAUUAAGAUAAGAAUGUUAAUUUUAUUUAAGAUCUAAAAAGACAUCAGAUGAUUAAAUUUUAUUUAGUGAAGCAUAUAAAUUAUAAUCUGUUAUGAAUGUAUAGAUUGAUAAUUUUGUAACAUAAGAAAAUUUGGUUAUUGUUUGUUUAGAUGAUAGAGUAACUGUAUAAAGGAAGAGUUAAAAAUAAAAUAUAGAAAGAGUAACAUUUUUACUGAAGUUAGCCACUCCAGAAUAAGCUAAAACAGCAUUUAGAAUAAAUUCAUUAUAAGAAUAUUUAAUAUAAUUUUAUAUAUUUUUAUAGGAUUGGGGUGUAAUUAAGACAUCAACUUAAGGUUUGGAGGAUAUAAGAACAUAUGAUUAUUUUGAAGCUUUUAAUAAUUAAAAGAUAUUAUAUGAUGAAAUUUUAUAACUAUUUCAAACUUUAGAAAAUCUUAAAAUGUAUUUAAAUAAUGAAGGUUAAGCAUAGACUAAUGAAUAAUUGUAAUUUAAAUAAAAAGCUUUAAUGGAUAAUGAUAUCAUUAAUUUACUAUUUGCAAUUCAACGAUUAUGCAAUUUUAUGAUAUAUGGUAGUAUGAUUAAUAGUAAUUCAUAAGUUGUUGAUAAGACACCUUAAAAAAUUGCUAAAAUGAAACUAGAUCCUGCUAUUUCAUAAUCAUAAAAAUUAAAUUGUAUAUAAGAAAUAUAUAAUGUUCUAAGUUUGUGUGUUUAAAGAAAUUCAGAUACAAGUAAUUAUGUUUUGACAUUAAUUAUGAAUAAGGAGAGUAUUUUAGAUUUCUUAUUAGAAUAAUUGAAAUAUUAAAGAAAACAUAUAUCAAAUUUAAUAAAAGAAAGUGUUAGGUAUACUGAUAUGAGUGAAUCUAAGGAUAAUAUUAAAAAAUGGGUUAAUUAAUUGGAAAAUUUAUCUGAAGAUAAUAUUGAAGAUUAAACUCUAUUUAUAGAAAUUUUAAGUUUAAUUAUGAUAGAUCCAUAUGAGAAUCCAAAUUAAUUAUGUUAGAAUACUUGUAGAAGAUUGUUAUUUGGAACAAAAAAUAAAUAAGAAUAAUAAUAUCCUUUUCAUAAAGCCUUAGUGGCCUUAGAUAUAUAAGAAGAGAAUAAUAAUUAUUAUCCAAUAGUAUAAUUUUAUCCAAAAAGAGAAAAAGGAUUGUAGAUGUAAUAUGCUAAUGAAUUUGGUUAAAAUAAUUAAAUAUUUUGUUAACUUUAUUUAAAAUUUAUAGAUAAAUAGGCAAGAAUUGCUUAAAGAUUUUUAACUAAAAGGCCAUCAUUAAUUGAUGUAGUUAUUGAUUUUUUUACACUUGAAACACUUAAAGAAAAUUAAUUAGUAAAAUAAGAAGAUGUUAAAUUAGUGGUUCCAAUAUUUUAGAAAUAUGAAAAUUAUUUAAUGAAUGUUAUGACUUUAUAUUCUUCAUUAUGCAAAGGAAGAAAUUAAAAGAAUAUAAAAUGUUUAAUGAGAAAUUGUUUUCUUAAUGAAAAAUUCUUAGAAAUAUGUUUAAAACGUUAAUAAAAUGUUAAAUCUGAACUUAGAUUUGAAAAAACAUUAAUAGAAUUAUUUUGUAAUUUAUACUUAGAUAUCGAUCCUUUAAUUAAGAUUUCUUAAAAUUAUGAUCCAUUUUAUAAUAAUACUUAAACAAAUACAAUAAAAUGUUAUUUAAGUGAUGACAUUGAAUAAUUCAAUAUCUAAAAUCCUUCAGGUCUUUAUUUUUAUGAAAAUAAUGCAUCAAAAUCUUUAAAAAGAAGUGAUGACUAUUAAAGUUUUCUUCAUUAAAAAGAAACUAAAGCAGAACAUUAAUAACUUAAAUUAUAUGCUGCCAAAAUGUUAUCAAGAACUUAAGUUAAUGAUGUUCGUUUAUAUUAUUUAGAAAUGUUUACAAAAGAAGAUUAUCCUGAACAUCUAUUAUAAGAAGCAAGUUAUGAUAUUUUUUAAUCUAAAAAAGCAACUAUUAAUAAAUAAAAAUAUGAUUACUCUCGUCUUGCUUAUUUAUAAUUACAUUAUUUUUUAGGUUUAUUGACAAUAAUUAAAAAUAGUAUAAAUUUGGGUUAUAAUUAAUUAGAUGAAAAUUAAAGAAUAUUUUCUGUACUUCCUAAUAUAUUUGUUGCUUUAAUUAUAUAAUAGAUUCCUGAUUUAAGAAUACAUAAAUUUUAAGAAAAUGAAUCAUUUCUAUAAAACUUGAAUAAUUUAAUAUAAUCAGUCAAUGAUAAUCUUUGGGUUGUAACAUUCUUACCUACAGCUGAAUAAUUAUAUGAGAAAAAAAAAUCAAAAUAUAAAAAUUUAGAUAAAGAUCUUAAAAGAAUGGAUUAAUCUUAAAAAUUAUAUAUGUAAUUUUAAAGAAAUUGGAUUCUCUAUAUGUUAAUAUGGACAUAUUAAUAUUGUAAUGAUGAAAUUUUAAAAAUGUAAGUAUAUUUAGAAGCUUUGUCUAUUUUAAAAAUAUUUGAACAAUUAAAAUUAAAUCUAUAAAUUCUAGAAUUUCUAUUUAGUUCAUCUUAAUAAAAUGAAUCAAAUCCAAGUUCUCCAAGUUAAAGAGAUCUUGAUUUAUUUGUCUUUGAUGAAGUUGUAAAUUAAGAAGUAGAUAUUAAAAAAUAAAAAACUCCUGCUGUUUCUAAAUCUAUUUUAAGUGUUUUUAAAGAACCUGAUGGUAAUAGCAUUUGUGGAUUAUUAUUUACUUGUUUAUUGACAUCAGAAAAAAGAACUAAAUUAAAUGAAGAAUUAUUAUAAAGAAUAAUUUAAAGUUUUCUUUAACCAAAAUAUUCAAUUUAAGAAAUUAAUUAAGUUGAAAUUAUUGAUAAUUAAUAAGAAUUAAGAUACUUUUCAAUUAUCAAUGGAAAUUCUAAUAGUGUUUAAUUAAUCAGUCCAAAAGAAGCAAUAUAAUUAUCAAAAAGAGCUUUGAAAUUUAUCACAAAUUAAAAAGAAAAUAAUGUAAUUUAAAAAAGAGUUGCAUCUUUUGAUUAAUUAAAAGCAUAUUCAGCUAAAAUAAUUGAAUAGUUUGAAAUGUUUUUUAAACCUAAUUCUUAAGAUUUGUAAUAUUUGAAAUCAUUUUAAAAUAUAGUAAGAAAUGCUAGUGUGCAUCUAGUAUUUUUGAAAUUUUUAGUAGAUCCUUAAAUAAUUAAUUGUUCAAAUGAUAUAGUUUCUUUUUAUAAAAGACUUGUUCUAAUUUUGGAAUACUUUAUUAUAGAUAACUAAGUUAAUAUUUCCAUUUUAGCUGAUAAUGAGUAUUUAUUAAAAAUUCUUGAUGUCAUUUAAAUAUAGUAACCAUAAGCAGAUGAUAAAUUUUAUAUACCUAUUAAAAUUACUAAAUUAGCAAUUAAGUUGAUAUCUUCAAUUCCAGAAAAUGAACAUGAUAACUUGAUAAAUAAAAUAUUUGAAAGAAUUUAAAAAAUAGGUGAUUAAUUAAUGUAAAGCUAAGAGUUUUACUUAAAGGCAUACAGUACAAGAGAUGAAUAGGAAGAAAUUAAAUUCAUACAAAGAAGUACUCAUAUUAAUGCUAUUGCUUAUUAUUCUUUGAUUUAAUAUUUUAAAAUUUUAAGAUCUCUUACAAAAUCCUUUGAAAAACCUUCAAAAUAAGCACCUUUGAAUAAACAUUUAAUAUUAUCUAAAAUCUUAAAAAAUAAAUUCUUAAGAAUAGUUUUAGAUCCAGUCAAUUAUUAUAAGGCUAUUCUUGUACCAGAAUUAGAUUCUGGUGAAGAAGAGGUGAAAGAUCCAUUAUUUUAUCAUAGAAUGAAAUUGCAUUCAGAAUUAAUUGUUUUAUUAACUGAAUGUUGUCAAUAUUAUAGAUUAGGAAUUUAAGAAAUGUAGAGAAUAUUAUUGUAUGAAUAAUUAAAGACUAUUUUGUUGGCUCCUAGUGGUGAAUAUAUUGUUAAAAGGGCUUAUUUAUAAUGCUUAUUUGAAUUAUAUAUUAAUUAAGUUAAAGAAGGAUAGUUUGUUAAUGAUACAGUAGAAAGUGAUGAAGUAAGAGAUAUAUUAUCCAGAGUAAUAAUACCAGAUUUAGAUUAAAAAUAAAUCUGUAAAUAUUUGGAAGGAUUAUCAAAAUUAGCAAAUUAAGAUAGAAAUAUGAAAGUUAUUCAAAAAGAUUUGAGAGAAUCAAUUAAAAGAUAGAAAUUAACAUAUUUUGAGAAAAAACUAUCUUUUGAUUCUCAAUUUGUAAAAGAAUUAGGAAUAUUAAGAGAUUCAAGUGAAUAUUGGAAGUAUUUGAGAAAAAAUGGAAUAAUUCAUUUUCUAGUUUACACUUAUGAUGAAAUGAAAGAUAGAACUGAUCUUGAAAAUCCAGAAAAUUCUACUUUGUCUGAUGAAUUUGCAAUAAUUAAAUAAAAUGUUUAAAAAAUUAAGGAGAUUUUUAAUGUUUUAGAAAGAGAUUUUAGAGUUAAAAAAGAAGAUUUAGAUUUAGAUGAUUAUAGAGAAUUAAUAACUUCAAUAGAGGAAAUAAUUCCAUAAAGAAAAAUUACAAAAUUUGGUUAAAACUUUAGAAUAGGAUUUUAAUAGGAUAAAAAUGUGAAUAAAUUAGUAUUUGAUUAGUUUGAUACUUUAAAAGAGGAUUAAACAGGAGAAAAGAAGUUACAAGAAUAAGAGAAUGUUCAAAGAAUAGAAAAUCCUUUUAGGAGAAACUUUAAAGUUUAUCUCAUUAGAUAUAAAGUGAAUAUUAAUUAAUUUAAUGAAUAUAUUGAAAAUAACUCAACUGAAUAAGAGAGAUCUUAGAAAAUACUCCUAACUUGUAAUACUUAUAAAACUUACAUUUAAUAAAGUGAUAUAGAUGAAAUCUAUAAUGUAAAUGUAGAAUAAAUAAAGAGAUAAGAAUAAGUAAACAAUAGAAGUAAAGCUCUUUUAGAUUGGGAUUUAUUUAAAUAAGCCAUGAGAGACUUAUUUGAAAUGAAAAGCAUUUAGAAUGUAAUAAACUAAUAAGUACAAACAUAUCAAAGAUAGCAAUAAGACUUAGAAAAUCUUAAAUAAGAAUUUGAAAUUACAUGUCGUAAAUAAAUUGGAAAAUAAUAUAAGAAAUAUGGAGGUUAGUUAGAAGGCUCUGAAGAUUUAAUAUCAGAUGACAUUUAGAUUGAAUUAUUAAUUAAGACUUUAGAAAAACAGAAUACUAAUUUAUUAAAUGAGGAUAAUGUUUAAGAGUUUUUAUAAAAAUGUUAAGGUAUAUUUUUAAAUAGAGAAUUCUAUUUAAUAAAGUUAUGUAAAAUAUUUUUGUUUUUGAAAAGACCAACAUAAGAUGACAUUGAUUCACUUACAGAAGCUAAGGAUGAAAAGUCAAAAGAAUUAAUAAGAUAAAAAUAAUAGAUAUUUAUUAAAUAUCAAAAUGCAAUAGUAGAUAGUAAUUUGGAUAUAUUGGCUUUAGAGAUGUUAAAUGAUUCUGCUGAUGAUUUACAUAAGAUAGAAGCUUUGUAAUUACUAAUUUAUUUAUUGGAUUAUGGAAAUGAUUAUGUAUAGAAAAAGUUCUAUCAAAUACUUAAAUAAGAUUAAGUAAUUAAAUAAAAAUUCUUUGUUUUUCUUAGAGGAUUCUUUUUAACUGAUGUUAAUUCUAGAAUAUUAGAAUUAGAAUUAUGUGAAGGCAAUAAUACUGAAUAUAAAAUACUUUGUUUGAAAGUAUUAAAACUAUUAUAGGCAAUGUGUGAAAAUGUAAAUGUUGAUUUUUAGAAGUUUUUAGUUCGUUAAUAUGAUGAUGAUUCAUAUCAAGCUAAUAUUAAUAUUGUUAAUGAAGUUGCUAGUUUAUUAGCAGAUUUAUUGGAAAAAGGAUAAAGAGUAUUUUAUAAGUUAUAGGAAAUCUAUAGAUAAGCAUUAGAGAGUUUAGUUGAAUUUUCAACAGGUUUUGAAGAAAAUAAAAAAGAAUUAUGUAAAAAUACACGAUUAUUUACAUUAUUGAAUUAGAUUUUACAGAAAGAAGAUUUAAUAUCAUUUAAAUAGUUACAUCAAGAGAAUAGAAAUAUAAUAAAAGACAAUUUAUUAAAAUCAUAAAAUUAAGAAGAAGAUCUUAUUAUAAAUUUAAAUAAAAAUUAAGCAGAUGAUGAAUAGAGAAAAUAUAAUUCAUAUUAGACACUUCAAUCAUUUAUUAAAUUAUUAUUGUUGAUUACAUAAGGCAAAUUAGAUAAGAAAUGUUUAAAAUUUAUAUUAGAAACUGUUAAUAUUACAAUAUUAAUGAGAAUCUCAAGAUCAAUAUAUUAAGAUCGUAUUAAACCUAAAUAGAGAAAUAUUAUAUUAGAUAAUAUUUGUGAUGAAUCAAAAACUAGUCAGCAUAAAUAUUGUUCUAAUAAUUUAUGUCAUUUUGGAUUAAGAACUGAUGAAGACAAUUUACUUAUUUAAACAGGUUUUAAUAUUUUUAUUAUUUGCCUAAAAUUAUCAGAACAUUUUCCAACAGAUCCAUAAUUAGAAAUAUUUAUAUUUGAUGAAUAAGAGGAAGAUUAAGAUGAUUUUGUUGAUUUAAGUGAUCCUUUAUAAGAAGAUUUAUAAAAAAAAAAUACAAUACCUACUAAAAAAAUUGUACCUAUUUUUAUAAACAAUAAGAAUCUUGAUUAAGAAGAAUAAAAUGCUCUAUUAAGUAAUGAAUUAAGAUAAACACAUUAAAAUGAGUUUAAAUAAAUGAUUGAUGAUAUUUAAAAUGAUGAAAAUUAUAAGUUUACUAGAAAAUAAUAAUUUUUUAAAUUUUAUAGAUAAUUCACAGGUAGGAUAGAAAUUUAAAAUGAAUUAUCUGAACUUGAAAAGAUUUUCUUUUAAAAACCUUUUGUUUGUAAUUUUGUCACUCCAAACAUUAAAUAACAUUUAAUUUAUGAAAUAAAUAGAGAAACUGAUGAAGAUAGAAUGUAAGGAUUAAUAGAUUAAGCUGAUUUUUAUUAAGUUUAAAUGAGACAUUCUUAAUAGAUUAACAAUAGUUUUAUUAUGCAUUUUGGAGCAGUCUAUUGGAGAUUAUUAAAAGAUUUAUCUUUUAUUUUAUGUUUGGUUAUAGUAAUUCUAUUGAUAUUUAUGCAUGAUAUAGUUGUCAAUAGUAAAUUAGGUUCUAAUCAAGAAGCACCUGAAUCUGAUACAAAAAUACCAGGAUAAAAUUUUGUAAGUUAUCUUAAUAAUGUAAUAUUUAUAUUUAUUAAUUUAGAUAAUAACAAUAAUCUAAUUAGUUUUGAAUUUAAUUAUAGUAUUUUUUUGUGCAAUAGAAAGAUAUCCAAUAUCAAUUACAUAUAAUAGAGGUGAAACUAAUGCAAAAAGAGUUUAAAUAUUAAAAAAAGAAGCAGGAUUUUCAAUAACAUUUUUAACAAUGAAAUAUUAUACUAUUAUUGGAUAUUUUGAAUCAGAAUUUUAAGGAUAGAAAGUUAGUGAAAGUAUAUUAAAAAAGCUUAUUCUCGUUACAUUUUUUGAUUUUGAUAAUUUUUACAAUGUAAAAAUAAUUUUUAAUUUAGGUUUGCAUUUUCGGAUUAACAGUAUAUGCAUUUUUUAAUCCAUAUAUCUAUGCAGUAUUAUUGUUAGAUAUCAUUAAGAGAUCUGAAGAUCUUUAAAACAUCAUAAAAUCAAUUACAUCUAAUGGCCGUAAUUUAGCUAUAUUCUCUUUUCUUGGCUUUAUUGGAUUAUUAAUUUAUGCUAUCAUAGCAUUCUCAAAUUUUGAUUGGAUGUUUAAUGAUGAAGAUGGUGUUUAUGGUUAAACAUUUAUAUUAGCUGUUACAUCUACAAUUAAUUUUGGUCUUCGUAGUGGUUUAGGAGAUUCAAUGAAAAUAUACCCUGAACCUUAUGAAGAUCCAACUUUAUAUUGGGGAAGAUACUUUUUUGACUUCUCGUUUUUCAUUAUCUUUAAUAUUUUAUUUAUCUAAAUAAUUUUUGGUAUUAUUUUAGAUACUUUUGGUGAAUUGAGAGAUGAAAGAUAAGCCUUAGUAAAAGAAAUUGAAGGAAAAUGUUUUGUUUGUAGUCUUGAUAAAAAUGAUAUUGAUACAAAGUAAUAUUGAAUUCUUUAUAUUUAGUGGAACAAAAGGAUGGCAUUAUCAUAUAUAUUUAGAACACAGUGUCUACCAUAUGCUCUAUUAUAUCAUUUAUAUAAAGAAUAAAGAUCCAAAUGAUUGUAAUGCUUUAGAGAAAUAUGUGAAAAAAUGCAUAGAGGGGAAGGAAACUACUUUCUUUCCAUUUGAAAGAGCUCUAUAAAUAGAGGAUUAAAAAAAUGAAGAAGAAGAAACUAUUGAACAAAGCGAAUCCUGAC